UUAGUUUGGCAGGCAAAGACAAACGAUGCCCCGUCCACAGAUAAUGACUCGUGACACCUGGGAUUACGAGCUAUCUGUUAUUCUUUUUGUCACGCCCCGCACACACCGAAACACCACGAGACAACCUUCCGUACCGCCGCUUCGACAUGCUAAUGCCGUCUAAGCUAUAGUCUCUCUAUGAAUAUUCAGAAAUCCGUGCAUUGUUGGCUAUUACUCGUGUGUCCACUGUCAUUUAAACAAUAUUUAAUUCAGUUAUACAAUUUGCAGCUCCAAUACUUUUUGUGAUAACAUUUAUUAUUUUAGUGACAUAUUCAAAUUAUAUACAAGUAGGCCCUACAAUAAUUUAAUAAUGUUACUUUAAAAAAUCGAGCCUAUCAUUUUAAAAUAGGCUAAUUCUAUUUUUUAUAUUCGGUGCAAGAUCUGUCAGUAACGUUAUCGCACCUAUAGACCACCGAACAACACGCUUCGAAACCUACUUUCAAGAAUUCAGACUGCGUCUCUUUGGAAAAUAUAUUUCAAUGUUAGCCUCAUAGUUCAAUCUACACCAAUUCUAUGAUAUAAUUAAUUUAUUAUAGGGACAAAAGUAGGAGAGAGACGCACUUUCUUUUUGAACCAUUUUGCAUCAGUCCCGCCUGCGUUUUGCGGUUCAGCACGGUGAGGAAUGCGGCAUCCCUUCGCGCUGGCUGCUUCUAGCCGUCGUUCCUGGAGAGGGACAGGGGGGUGGUCCCGCGUUUUGGAUCCGCCUUCUGGAUGCAGCGGAGCCAUUUAACAUUGCAAUUUCAGCCAGGAUCUUACGGCAGCGUUUGUUUCAUAUACUACGCUAUGGGAUUUCAUUGCAAAACGGCGACGAUCCUGGAGGUGGACCGGUGCCUGUACUGAGCCAAGUCAGCGAUGGCAGAGCAGGUUCAUAUUCGACCAACGCAGGCUCGGAAAGCUCUGGACACGCAGCAGACGCGUCACUAAUUACAAGAAAGGACGCGAUCUUACGGCGCUUUUUGUUUUAAUUUGUUUAUUAAUUUUGCCGAGGCGGUGGGAGUUUCCUAUCUCUUGUAGCCUACAGAUCAGGUCAAAUCAUCUUCGUAUCCAUUUACGCAUAUAUCUUUCAGCUUUGAUUGAAAUUGCAGUUUUAUUCCGUUAGUGGCUUCGAAAGAACAACCCCCUUUCCCGAAAUACAUGUUUAUAAAUAAGAUCGAUAGGCUAAUAAUCUUUAUUGAACCCGUUCAUUACCUUUGAGUUGCCGGGGAUCUGCAGUGUAAUCGGGGAGUGAGUGAAUCUAUUUUCCUUCGUUGAUAUUGAGAUUUUGGAAAAGAUUACCUUCUGUCAUUGGGACUUGGUGCACCGGCGCCUCGCGGAAUCUCGGCAUCUUUCCUAUACCGAAAGAUCUCGAGCUGCCCAUAUGCACUUGGCUGUUGCAUCGCAAUAGGGAGGGUCCGCUAAACAGCUUGCUGGGUUGCGCUGAAGAGCGUGCUUGACUGCACAGAAACUGCGCGCGGAGGAUGGUUUGGAUGUAAAACAUAAACAAACGGCAAGAUGGGGAAAGACCAGGAGCUGCUACAGGCAGUGAAGACCGAAGACCUCAUUACAGUGCAGAAGCUUUUACAGAGGCCUAAACCAGGGAAAGCAAAGCUGCUGGGUUCUGCCAAGAAGGUGAACGUCAACUUCCAGGACAUAGAUGGCUUCGCCGCGCUGCAUCAUGCCGCCCUGAACGGCAACCUGGAGCUCAUCUCGCUGCUGCUGGAGUCCCAGGCCACGGUGGAUAUCAGGGACCAGAAGGGAAUGCGGCCCCUGCACUACGCUGCCUGGCAGGGUAAGGCAGAGCCCAUGAAACUGCUGCUGAAAUGUGGCUCUUCAGUGAACGGCCAAUCGGACGAGGGCCAGAUUCCCCUGCAUCUGUCUGCACAGCACGGACACUAUGAUGUGUCGGAGAUGCUGUUGCAGCACCAGUCUAACCCCUGCAUCGUGGACAUCGCUGGGAAAACCCCCUUAGACCUGGCCUGUGAAUUCGGCAGAGUCGGAGUGGUGCAGCUGCUUCUCAGCAGUAAUAUGUGCGCCGCCCUGCUGGAGCCCAAACCCAACGACUCCACCGACCCCAACGGGACCAGCCCCCUGCACCUCGCCGCCAAGAACGGCCACAUCGACAUCAUCAGGUUGCUGAUCCAGGCCGGCAUCGACAUCAACAGGCAGACCAAGGCGGGCACUGCCCUCCAUGAAGCGGCGCUUUGCGGGAAAACGGAGGCAGUUCGUCUGCUGCUGGACAGCGGCAUCAAUGCUGCCGUGAGGAACACGUACAACCAGACUGCCCUGGAUAUUGUGCAUCAGUUUACCACCACCCAGGCCAGCAAGGAGAUCAAACAGCUGCUGCGAGACGCCUCCGCAGCCCUGCAGGUGAGAGCUCUGAAAGAUUACUGCAACAACUAUGACCUCACCAGCCUGAAUAUCAAAGCAGGGGACGUCAUCACAGUCCUGGAGCAACACCCAGACGGGCGAUGGAAGGGCUGUAUCCAUGACAACCGCACAGGAAAUGACAGAGUGGGCUACUUCCCCUCCAGCUUGGUGGAGGUGAUCAGCAAGAGGGCAGGUUCAUGGAAUGCGGUCAUUUGUCCCCAGCAGUAUGAAAAGAUACGGCUGUUUGUGCCAGCGUGCGGCCCUGGAGCCGCCGUCCUGGUCAACGGGGACUCGUACCCUCAGUUUCAUAUCCUACCACCACCGCCACCUCCGCCAAAACAUUCCCAUCAGCCACUUUUCACUUCCUUUGGCUAUAGCAGGCCCUCAGGCCCCCGAGACGAGCCGCUCUGUGGACAAGGUUCCCGCGGCUCCGAGUCCAGUCCUCACGGCUCCCCCACCCUGAACAGUGGCCCCCAGGGCGGCGCCAGCGAGGAGAUUUGGGUGCUUCGCAAACCCAUAGCAGGGGGAGACCGCAGCAGCGGGGGGAGCACGUCCAGCACGGCCAGCGUGCGCUCGUCGGCCAGCGGGCAGAGCGCGCACGUGCUUCACGCGCAGGCCGAAGGAGUCAAGCUCUUGGCCACCGUGCUGUCCCAGUCUGCCAAGGCCAAAGAGCACCUGCUGGAGCAGUCCAAGUCUGUGGAGCAGUCAACAGGUUCCUCUUCGCGGACCCAGAGCUCAUCCAGCUGUCCAUUCCACGAGCAAUCGUACGGGGAGGCGGGGCCAGCGAGGAAGGGGGAGGUCCCCCCUGAAGGGAAGGAUAUAACAGCCCCUGCAGUGACCAAGCCUAGCCACCGCAAGAAGAUGACAUCCGAGAUGAACAAACUAAGCAUGACAGAGGGACUACCUGACCACAAGCCUGGCAGCCUGGCAGAGUGGCUGUCUCUGAUUGGUCUGAGUCAGUACUACCAGGUUCUCAUCCACAACGGCUACGAGAACAUCGAUUUCAUCACUGACAUCACUUGGGAGGACCUGCAGGAGAUUGGCAUCACUAAACUGGGUCACCAGAAGAAGCUGAUGAUGGCGGUGAAGAAGCUGGCGGAGCUGCAGAAGGGGUCGGAGGGGCGGGCCGCGCAGCGCAGGAAGCCGUCCCAGUCCUCCGAGGGGCCGGAUGCCCCAGCCCGCGACGGGGCAGAGUGCAUGUCGCCCAAACUGAGCUCCUUCCAGGACAGCGAGCUGAGCGGGGAGCUGCAGGCCGCUCUGUCUGGGGCUGCCCAGGAAGGGGCGGAGCCCCAGUGGGUGCGGGGCCCUCAGGAGAACAGCCUGGGCAAGAGGCGGGACUCGGAGGAGGGGGGCGGGGCCCCCAGGAAGGAGGCUCGGGUGGCGCGGCAGAGCAGCCAGGCCCAGGGGAUGCAGAGGCCUAAUGCCCCGCCCUCUGCCCCUCCCACACUUAGCAAAACCCGCCAGGCGGCACCGUCCUACACCCCCCCGCAGACCCCCACCAAAACCAAGCCCUCCUCCCCACAGACCACUGCGCCUCCUCAGGCUGCUGGGAAGAUGAAGUCCGCACAGCACCUGCCCCAGGCCGAGCGGGCCCCCUCCGCUCGCCCUCCCCCCCAGUCGCCAACUCACAAAAGCCACGCCCACAGCGUGACACAACCCCCCGAGGGCGAGGACAGCCCCGCCUCAGGCCCCGCCCCGAGCCCCCCGGUCUCCGUGCCCCUGCUCUGCCUGCCCCCGGAGGGGGAGGAGCCACAGGGGGACCAGGGCACCCCCAAAAAGAGGGCCCACAGCCUGGUCCGGUACGCGGUGUCGGACGGCGAGCAGGACCGGGAGGAGCCAGCGCCGACCGACGCGGGGAAGCAAGGCACCGUGCCGAACCGCAUGGGCCGCAGCAACUCCGUCCGCGGCCAAUCGGAGAAGAGCGCGAGCCGCGCCCAGGCCAUCGCCCUCAGGCAGAGGAAGAAGGGUCCGCCCCCUCCCCCGCCCAAACGCUCCAGCUCUGCCAUCUCCAGCCCCAACCUGGCGGACCAACCCAAAGAAGAGGUGAGGGAUGGGGGCGGGGCCGGGGCAGGGGCUCUGCUGGACGUUAGCUACCACCAGCAGCGGCGCGCCAGCGAUCUGGGCGGCGCGGUGGACACGGGCAGCGCGGGAAGCGUCAGGAGCAUCGCCGCCAUGUUGGAGAUGUCCUCCAUCGGGGGCGGAGUCAAGGCGCUGCAGAAGCCAUUGGCCGGUGGUGGGCAGCACUACCUGCAGGGCAGUCCUGAGCGUGCUCGUGGGGGGGUCCCCCACGGGGGAGGGAAACACCGCGAGGGCGUCGGUCUGGACGGCGAGGUGGUGAACCGCCGCAGGACCAUCAGCGGGCCGGUAACCGAGCUGGUGGCGGCGGCCCGGCGGGACCGGUUGCCCCAGGACACAGCGUCGGGACCCCCACAGGGCGGGACGCCGACCGGGCCCGGCGCCGGGCCGCCCGAGAACCCGCCCUCCGCCGAGGACGCAAAGCCAGGAGAGGGGGAGGGGCCGGGGGACGGCCCGCCCGACAGCGCGCACGCCCUCCCGCAGGAUGAGCUGUCCCGCAUGGACGCCACGGCGACGCUCAAGCGGAGGCCGCGGUCCCGGCACCAGCAGGACGGGGUCAAGUUCCAGCUCACCGAGUCCAGCACCGUCAAGCGCCGGCCCAAGAGCCGGGAGAAGGACCCGGAGCCGCCGCCCGACGCCCAGCUGCUGGCGCCCUACCAGAACGGCACCGAGACCGGCACCAUAAAGAGACGGCCCGCGUCCGACACGGGCGGCGCGGAGCAGCCCCAGGGGGACGGGGACCGCGCCCCCCGAAGGGACAGCGCCGAGUUGGGGCCCCCGGGUGGCCAGUCCACGCCCCGCAAACCGGCCAAGCCCCCCGUGUCUCCGAAGCCCGUCCUGGCACAGCACAUGAGGAAACCCGGCCCAGCCACGGCUCCCCCAGGGCCAGGGGGCCCCGACAGCCUGGGCUCUGAGGGGAAGCGAGUCCCCCCCGCCGUGUCACCCAAACCCACUCCCCCCCCCACUGCGCCGAAGCCAGCCAAAGUGCAGGGUGUCCUGCAGCCUGUCGGCCCCGCCCCUCACCCCUCCCCCUCCCCAGCCAAGCAGCCCAGUGGCCCGGUCGCCACCACGCCCCCUCCCGUGUCUGCCAGCCCCCAAGCCCCUGAGCCCCCCAGCGCAGAGCCCGCAAACGCCCCUCACCCUCAGACCCCCUGACUCCCACACCCCCAGCCCCACGCCCCCCCAGUCAAACCCCCACGCUCCUCCAUCAGUGGGACCUCCAUCGACAGGGCAGCACCACCGACACCCCAGCAGAAGCUGGAGGAGACCAGCGCCUCCCUGGCUGCCGCACUGCAGGCUGUGGAGGAAAAGAUUAAACAGGACAACAGCUCGGUGGCGCAGGACAAGACCACCGUCAGCAUCCUGGACGACAUCGGCAGCAUGUUCGACGACCUGGCGGACCAGCUGGACGCCAUGCUGGAGUGACGAGCGCAGCCGACCCCGCCGUGGGAUCACCUCAGGGCUCCGCAAGGGCCACAAGGGCGCAAGGACCUCCCCGCGGAACCUCUCGCCAAGCCCGCCCGUCCCCCACCCAAACCCCUCCCCUCCCCCACCCACGUCCCCCCUACCUGUCUUUCCUGAAAACGAACCCCACCCACCCACCCCUCUUUGUUCCAUGUUGGUUUGCACAAUUGAGCAGUUCGUCCAAACCCCAGAUGAAUUACCUCAGGGCUGGGCUAAGAGGAGAUCCAGAGACCGGGAGGGCGAAGGGUGAGCCAGUCAGUUUAGCUGGUGGGAAACUUUAUAGUCUUGUUCAUUUUCUGUGGUGAAAAAAAAGAGUAAUGACACAGUACAAAAUAAUGAUAAAAAAAUAAUAUGGUAUGUGUACAUUGUAAGCAUGAAAAAAGACAUUUAUAUCCUAAAAAAACAUCUCAUAGUGAGAAUCAUCCAUUAGUCAAUACUGUCAUAUUAAAUAUACAAAUAUAUUAUUUUUAUUUGAUGUUUUUUGCUAAAUGGUACAUAUAUGGUUAUGAAUCUGCUGUUUGGGAAUUAUGAACUCUUGACAUUGGAAAUGUGGAUUUUUAUAAUGAUAAAUGGAGAUGUAUGAGAUAUGAAGUACUGUAUCCUGUGGACGCUUUUUGCUUUGCUUUACUUUUUAGUAACAUGGAAGUUUUAUUUUAGAUUUAUUAUUUUUUUCACUUUGGGGCUCCAUUUGGGGCAGGGAAUCCUGGGAAAUGCAUCCAACUCUUUGCUUUCUAAGUGACAACAGACAGGCUACCUGAUGCACUCCAGAUGGCUCUAAGACUAAUCCCUAUAGCACCGUGUGCAGCUGGAGUCGGUGUUCAGGUGUGGACAAGGGGUAUUAAAGCACUCCAGUCUAAGCAGUGUUCAGGGCUGUACAGAGGGUGUUAAGGCAUUUCAGUCUCCACCAGCCUUUUUCUCUGCUUUACACAGCUGCAACAUCUCUUUCUCAUUUUCUCUCUCUUUCCCUCUCUCUCUCUCUCUGUCUCUCACACACAUACACACACAGUGUUGUCUUUCUACUCCUGAUGUGAGAGUACAAAUCUGUCGGUAGUAGCCAUUGCAACCAAAAUAAGCACAAGGAAGAUGUUGCCUUUUUACCAUUUGCAUGAGAGCAGUGAGUGAUGAGGGGACGGGGUGGGGCUAGGAAGCUAGGCGAGGGUUGGGGUGCGGCUUGGGAGAACAUCCUGCAUAGCAGGAUUGGUUUUAACCGGCGCCGGAGACUUCUCUGUGAGAGUUGCCAUAAAUGCAGUGCCAGUGUUAGCUGGAAGUGCUAAACCUUCAUAAUACUGGAUGCCAACUUCCCUGUGCGACUCGUGGUGCCCAUUUUCUGCCCCUUUUUAAAUCACGAUAAAGGGAUUAAAAGGGAUUUGUUGCGCAUAAAAUUAACCAUAAUUUCACUGCUGCAAGUUGAGCAUGUGUCUGUGUGUUUUUAGGCUGGCUCCUUUAGCCGGCUGUGUGGGUGUGUGUGUGCAUUCGUACGUGCGUACCUGCAUGUGUGUGCACGCACAACUGUGAAAAUGUGUGUACGUGUGUGUGUGUGUGUUUAUGUCUGCGUGUGUGUGUAUUCAGCAGAUAAGUGCUCCAUUACUGUAGCCUCACGCUGUGUGAUUAUCAGUAUUUCUGCACUCCACACUGCUACUGUCCCAGUCGUUUCUUUAGCCUGUCAUUUCACAACCCCUAACGCCAUGCUGUCAUUGUUCUGUAACCCGACAAUCUCUGCCUUUGUCGCCAUGGUAGCUCCUGUGUCAAAGACCUGACCAUCCAGCAUUCCUACAAAUGGGGGGUGUGACUACAGCGAUGGCACUGAUUCACUGAAAGGCCUCAAGGCUAAUGAUAAACUAUACGGAUAAAAUAAAAUUAAAUAUGAUAUGCUUGAGUAGAUAUUUCAGUUGUACUUUAUUAAAAUGAUAUCCUGUCUUUCUUACCUGAACGAAGGUGUCUUCAUAGUGCACAGAUCACUCACAAAAGUUCUGUUUUUUCUUUUCUUCUGAGAGAAUAUAAGUAAUAUUUAAUUUAUUAUAAAUGUAUGAAUAUAGUUCUACAUAAAUAAAUGAAGUAUUUAAUGGUAUGUAUUAUCCAGUACAGCAUUAGGUAUUCAAAUUGAAUUGCAGGAAAAAAAAAUGCAUUUCUUCUUUUAUAAUUAUGUGUGUUCCAAAAAAAAAUGUAAAAUAUCUAAUAUUUUUUUGUUAUGAGAGCUUCUUUACUGCAGUAUGCUUGGCUAUGACUGGUCAUUGUGUAAGUACUCAUGCUGACCUCUUCGAUUAAGUUUUUUUAUGCAUUUCUUUUUGUAAUUAUAUUUGUGCCUUGCUUUUGUUUGUUUGUUCUUUAGUUACUGCAGGGUGCUUUUCUGUGCAUUCAGAAGAAUGUAACUUAUGUACUGAAGCUGGCCUGUCACUGAGUCUUCACAAACACCUGUGGCUGUGGUUGCUGUAGGAACGCCUCCUGGUGCAGGUGGGCAUUGCUUUCCUCCCUUCCACAGUAGUGAACUGGGGUCACACCUGGUCUGCCCCACCCUGCCUCGUCCUGCCCCACCCUGCCCAGUGUAACAGCUAUGCAUCCCUACAUCGUGGCCACGCCUUCACUCCCUGUGUAUUUAACUGGGUGAUGUCAUGCUGAUGUCAGAAUGACCUUUUUAAACAUUGUUUUCCACAUUUUUGUUCAUACUAAUAAUAUUAAUAAAGAUGCUGAUGUUGGUGGUUAUUAUUAUUAUUAUUAUAUUAUUAAUUUUUCAUUACUUUCUUGGAGAUGAAGAAAUAGUACAAAAGCAAAUGGGUGUUGUCUUUUUUUGGAAGAAAACAUUUUAAUUUUAUCUUCACACAAAAGAGUUGAAGAAACAAAAAGACAUUUGGGGAGAGCAGGGUGUGUGCGGCCCGUGUGUUCUGUGUUCGGUCUCCAGUGCUGCCGUUGACAUGUAUGAUUACCUGCUGUGACUGGCGAUGGGACAGUGGUGUGCUUGCAGUGACUGCUCAACAGCCAUCUGCUCCAAAUAAAUGUUCUGUACCAACAGGAAGAUGUCAAACGUCUCAUUCCACCCUGCCUUUCUCCAUGUUUGUAUGGUGCAGAAUAAAAUACAUUGAGCCUGUAUUUAUGGUGUGUGUGCAUCUAUGCAACGUGUGUUUGUGUGUGUGUGUGUGUGUGUGUGCACGUACGUUUGUGUGAGAUGGAAAGAGUGCUAUCUCAGUUGUAACAGGCAGGACAAGGAAGAAUUGAGCAUUCUUUGUGGAGCUCUGUUGUACAGCCAAGCACACUCAGCCCUACUGCAGUUCAUUUGCGCCCCCUGCUGUCUGUGUUGCAGUGCUGCAGUUAGUCAGUGGAGGAACAUAUGAAGUUCUCACGCUUCCUGCAUACACACAUUCUCCCCUGUACUCUACAGCACAAGGACACAUAUAUUACUCCUGGCGGGGUCCCCCCAAUACAUACUUCUGCCACUUUACCCACUGUCUGCUAUAUUGCAAAUUCCCUAAUUGCCAUUUCUACCCUCUCUUCGAGAGCGCUUCAAGAGUCGUCUGGUCUCCCCACCUCCCCCACCUGCGGUCCAGCCCCUCUUUCGUCAUUGCCUCCACCCUGCCCAUAUCUGUCGCCACCUGCUGCUCCCUAUCACCGCCACCCGGCCCCACCCAUCAUUUGAGCCACAUCAUAAACCCUAUAAAACUGACUGACAUAUUGGUCACCAGUCGGCACGCUGAGCCGACCAGAUGAGGAUGGGUUUCCCCCUUGAGCCUGGUUCCUUCCAAGGUUUCUUCCCAUCUGCCACAGGGAGUUUUUCCUUGCCACUGUUGCCUUAGGCUUGCUCCUGUGGGGGUUUAGGCCAGGGUUAUCUGUAAAGCGUAUUGUGACAACUGCUGUAAAACACGCUAUACAAAUAAAAUUUUAUUGAUUGAUUGAUUGUCAUACCUGAGGGUAUAUGUCAUAGAUCUGUGGGGGAGAGUGGGAGAGUGGGAGGGAGGAAAAGAGAGAGAUAGUGAAGCACCAAAGCUGGCAGCUGGGAGUCAUCAGUCCAUCGCUAUGGCAACAGGAAAGUGGCCAACUACACCACCAGUCAGUGGGAAGGGAUAAGCUUCACCCAUAAAACACCCCACAUCUUAAAGGAGAGUCACACUGUAAAACACCCCCUGCUCAGGAUGUCUCUCCUUUGAAAUCCCAUGGAAACACACACAGACACGUUUGCGUAUACACAGGCACAUACACACACACCCUUCUUUGAGAGAGGUUUGACAUUUGAGAGAAGAAUGCAAAACCUUACAAAGUACAAUGGGGUCAUGCUGCUAAUUGAAACUGCACAAUAUAAAAAUGACAAGGUUUCUCGAGGGCACACAAUCAAGUAUAACAAAGCUAGUACUUAUGAUAGCCUUAUUGUGGACUACUGUUAUCAUGGGGGCCGGAAAAAAUAAAGAGGCAGAAAGUUAGGGAGAGGAAGUGAGAAUGGAAAAGACAGACAUAUGUUCGGUAUUUCAUGUCUAUAGUUCCUCUCAUAAGAAUUAAAGAGAUGUCACUGGCAAUACAAAUCAACACCAAUUUACUUGAGUAUAAAAAAAUGAUUCUGCGCCUCUCUGCUCAGCCAGUUUUCUACAAAGCCUGUGUUUGCUGGGUGAGUUGUGUGCUUGCUAAUUCUCUUAACUUUUGAACCCAAAAUAAUAUAUAAAUGCAUUAAAAUAACACAAUGAUAUGGGAAAUGAGCUUUAGGUGUAUGGACACACUCCACUGAACCUUCUGUGAGGCUCUGUCGACAUUCUGUAGUCAUGCAUGUCUGCAAAUAAACCAUUACAUACUUUUCUUAGUUGUGUUUCCUGAAAAACACAACUGAUGCUCGCAGUGGCAGGAUUCCUGUAAUAGAAAUGGAGGGUGUGUCCCUGCAAACUGAUGCUUUCCUCCAGUUAUAGUUACUCACUCAGGCCUGGAUUGGAUCAACAUUUGGCCUUAACUUUAACUCUCAACUAAGUCCAAUGUUGCUUGUUUCCCCCAUUAAACAUGGUUUAAGAAAAUAAGUUUUGGUGACCACUGAGCUGUGAUUUGCAAAGGGAAAAAAAUUAACUACAGUCAAAGUCAAGGUUAAGCCAAAUUAUAUUUUGAAUCCUGCAAGGCUAUUUGAAUCCCACAAGGCCGUUUAUUUUAAUCCUGUAGAUCCUGUUUGUUUGGACAAAAAAUGCCGAAAACAACGAAUAUUACUGGAAAAGGGUUUGUUUAGUUUCGUUUUCCUCAAACUCGCUUACACCUCCCAUCCUGAGCUGUUAACGCUCUGAGCCAAUCAUGGCACUGCGUUUCGACUAUGUCUAGAACGCAUUCUCUCUGUGUGGACAUUAAUGCGAAAACCUGAGCUCAUACGUCGGUAAUCACGGUUGGUAUUCUUGCUGCGAGGAAGGAAAAUCGUCGGUACUUUGG